UGUUGAGGAAGAGGAAGCACCGGCCAGACCUACUGCUGACGUGCCCGAACAUCGUACGAAUUUGUUUAUUUUUUGUAUAAGAUUAAACGUACAAUGCUGGACAUACAAACGCAUAUGGAUUACGUUGGCCAAUCAAAAGCGGAACGCUGGUCACGAAUUAUCAUCACUUUCUUCGGUGUUGUCGGACUAAUAUGGGGCGCCAUUGUACAGCAGUUCUCUCAAACGGUUUACGUGCUUGGAGUUGGGUUCAUUCUCUCCUCACUGAUCACUAUUCCACCGUGGCCACUGUUUCGUCGCAAUCCUCUCAAGUGGCAGAAACCGGUGUCUAAUAAUGAGCAGAAGCAACAAACAAGCGAGUCUGGCGACGAGGGCAAGAAAAAAAAGAAGUAGGAAUUUAAAUAGCUGAGCUUUUAGCUUAAAUGUUGUAUUUAACUUAAAUAAAUUAAUACAUCCCUAAAUUGGA